AGUUGGCUCAGUCCGGCGUGAAUGUAAUGUGCAAAAUGUGCUUCUUGGGAGAAAGCCAAGAAAGUGAGAGAGAAAGGAGGAUGCUUUCUUGUAAAAUCUGUGGCAAGAAGUACAAUAAGAAUUGUGUAAAGUCUUGGGCUCAACAUAUAGAUUUUUUUCAUUGGAGUUCAUGGAGUUGUCCCUCGUGCCGUGUUUGUGAGAUUCCAAAUGGAUUGCUGCAAGAUUGCAAGAGUCUGCAAAAUCUUUCUCUGCAUAACAAUCCCAUUUCAAUGGAUGAGUUUCGGCUGAUGGAAGGGCUGGACCUUGAAGACUGUCCUGAAAAAGAGCUUCUUGGUCAUGGGCUGACUUUACUAUGGCAGGCAACAAGGAUAACAAUACCAGAUUUCAUCACCUAGUUCAUCUGUUAUAUUUUGCAAUGAGUUCAUGUGUUUUAUGUAUUUGAUUUUGUGUGUUUUGAAUCAUUUUGGAAUCUAAAUUUUUUUUAACCCCUAAUC